CCUCCAUCUGCUUCUCCCAUACAGCCAUGUCAACCAAUCACUGCAGGCCAUCACCACCGGCUCCGCCCCCCAAGACAAAAUCAUUGCCUAAACACGAGCAGGUUUUCCUCAGGUAUGCUGGGUCUGUCAGUGGGUCUGGAGGGUCUGGUAUCAUCGGUCAGUGCAGUAAAGCAGUCAUCAUCUCCAAACCAGCCCGUCUCCAAACACAUGGAGAGAGGAGAACAUCUGAGCGAGCAAUAACACACACACACACACACACACACUGGACUCAAAGAGGGAACACACACAUUCCUCUGAACACACACACACACACACUCAUCAUUUGUACAGUCUGGAGGAUGUUUUUGACUGGCGCUCUCCUGUUUUUACAUCAGCAUUAGUAAAGGACGGCGUCCGCUAGUUUGAGGCGUGUAUUUUUCACUAUCUUGCCUACAUUCUUCAUCUUUGAGUGUGAGUUUAGCUGAAAUAAAGCAGGCAAUAGAUGACAGUCAAAGCCACGCCCACUCAGCCAUCCGUCAAGAUGAUUGACAGCUCAGCGCUCGCUCUGAUUGGCAAGAUAUCUCAGACUUUGAUGAUUGACAGCUCAGUGCUCAAAUGAAACCCGCUCAAAUAAUAUAUGCAGGUUCAUGACUCUCUCUGAUUGGCAGAGCUCAAUGAUUGACAGCUGAGCACUUGUUUCAGUUGGCUGAACUUUCAAACUUUGACGACUGACAGUUCAGUGCUCGCUUUGAUUGGCAGAGAGAUCUCAGACUUUGAUGAUUGACAGCUCAGUGCUCAAAUAAAAUCUGCUCAAAUAAAACACACAAGUUCAUGACUCGCUCUGAUUGGCUGAGCUUGCAGACUUCCGUGAUUGAUAGCUCAGCUCUUGCUCGGAUUGGCUGAGCUCUUAGACUUCAAUGAUUGACAGCUCAGCUCUAGCUCUUAAUGGCCAGAGCUCUUUGACUUCAUUGAUUGACAGCUCAGCGCUCUCUCUCUCUGAUUGGCUGAGCUCUCAGAUUUCAUUGAUUGACAGCUCAGCACACGCUCUGAUUGGCUGAGCACUCAGACUUCAGUGAUUGACAGCUCAGCUCUUGCUCUGAUUGGCCGAGCGCUCAGCCUUUAUUGAUUGACAGCUCAGCGCUCAAAUGAAACCCGCUCAAAUAAAAUAUGCAGGUUCAUGACUCUCUCUGAUUGGCUGAGCUCUCAGACUUUGAGUAAUCACUCAGCUCUUGCUCUGAUUGGCUGAGCUCUCAGAUUUGGAUGAUUGACAGCUCAGUGCUCGUUCUGAUUGGUCAAGCUUUCAGACUUAAUGACUGACAGCUCAGCUCUUGCUCUGAUUGGCCGAGCUCUCAGUCUUUAAUGAUUGAUAACUCAGCACUUGUUCUGAUUGGCUGAGCUCUCAGACUUUGAUGAUUGACAGCUCAGCACUCGCUCUGAUUGGCUAAGCUCUCAGACUUCAAUGAUUGAUAGCUUAGGACUCUCUCUGAUUGGCCAAGCCCUCAGACUUCAGUGAUUGACAGCUCAGCUCAUGCUCUGAUUGGCCAGAGCUCUCAGACUUCAAUGAUUGACAGCUCAUGCUCUGAUUGGCCAGAGCUCUCAGACUUCAAUGAUUGACAGCUCAGCUCAUGCUCUGAUUGGCCAGAGCUCUCAGACUUCAAUGAUUGACAGCUCAGCUCAUGCUCUGAUUGGCCAGAGCUCUCAGACUUCAAUGAUUGACAGCUCAGCUCAUGCUCUGAUUGGCCAGAGCUCUCAGACUUUAAUGAUUGACAGCUCAGCUCAUGCUCUGAUUGGCCAGAGCUCUCAGACUUCAAUGAUUGACAGCUCAGCUCAUGCUCUGAUUGGCCAGAGCUCUCAGACUUCAAUGAUUGACAGCUCAGCUCAUGCUCUGAUUGGCCAGAGCUCUCAGACUUUAAUGAUUGACAGCUCAGCUCAUGCUCUGAUUGGCCAGAGCUCUCAGACUUCAGUGAUUGACAGCUCAGCUCAUGCUCUGAUUGGCCAGAGCUCUCAGACUUCAAUGAUUGACAGCUCAGCUCAUGCUCUGAUUGGCCAGAGCUCUCAGACUUCAAUGAUUGACAGCUCAACUCAUGCUCUGAUUGGCCAGAGCUCUCAGACUUCAAUGAUUGACAGCUCAGCCCAUGCUCUGAUUGGCCAGAGCUCUCAGACUUCAGUGAUUGACAGCUCAGCUCAUGCUCUGAUUGGCCAGAGCUCUCAGACUUCAAUGAUUGACAGCUCAGCUCAUGCUCUGAUUGGCCAGAGCUCUCAGACUUCAAUGAUUGACAGCUCAGCUCAUGCUCUGAUUGGCCAGAGCUCUCAGACUUCAAUGAUUGACAGCUCAGCUCAUGCUCUGAUUGGCCAGAGCUCUCAGACUUUAAUGAUUGACAGCUCAGCUCAUGCUCUGAUUGGCCAGAGCUCUCAGACUUCAGUGAUUGACAGCUCAGCUCAUGCUCUGAUUGGCCAGAGCUCUCAGACUUCAAUGAUUGACAGCUCAGCUCAUGCUCUGAUUGGCCAGAGCUCUCAGACUUCAAUGAUUGACAGCUCAACUCAUGCUCUGAUUGGCCAGAGCUCUCAGACUUCAAUGAUUGACAGCUCAGCCCAUGCUCUGAUUGGCCAGAGCUCUCAGACUUCAGUGAUUGACAGCUCAGCUCAUGCUCUGAUUGGCCAGAGCUCUCAGACUUCAAUGAUUGACAGCUCAGCUCAUGCUCUGAUUGGCCAGAGCUCUCAGCCUUCAGCCAAGGAACAUUCCCCGUGUGUUCAGUUCAGUUUUCUCUCUGCUUUUGUAUUUGAUCUCUGGAGAGGUUUUGUUUCCACUGUAAGACUCAGGAAAAUCACACCGUUGCUGUUUGUUUGUUUGUGUAUCUUCUUCUCCAUCAGACGUUAGGAUUGUUUGUGCUGUACAGUAGAUGAAGCGUUCUGUCCUGUUGUGUUGAUCUUCAUCUCUCGUUGGGUUUGUUCUGUUUGUUUGUCAGAUUAUCGGGAGCUGAGUGGGACUUUCUUUCUUUUAUUGUGAUUUUAUUAUUAUUUGUUU